CUCUGUUUCUCUGUUUUCUCUCUUGAGGAUUCUCGUGUUUAAAGGUUCUUGGAAAAGAUGAACAACACGACACUGUUUAAGGACGGGACCUUGGCAGAGAUGCCUCUGAACGCCCCUGAAGUACAAGUUGUCACGAUAUUUCUGACAAUGCUCAUCUGCGGUGUGGGGAUUGCUGGGAACAUCAUGGUGGUGCUGGUUGUGUUGCGCACUCGGCACAUGGUCACACCAACUAACUGUUACCUAGUAAGUCUGGCCGUCGCUGACCUCAUCGUCCUGUUGGCGGCAGGCCUGCCCAACAUCUCUGAUGUUGUCGCCUUCUGGAUUUACGGCUACACGGGAUGCUUGUGCAUCACGUAUCUUCAGUACCUGGGCAUCAACGUGUCCUCGUGCUCCAUCACGGCGUUCACCAUUGAGCGCUACAUUGCUAUAUGUCACUCCAUAAAGGCACAGUUCAUAUGCACGGUUUCCCGGGCCAAAAGGAUCAUAGCUGGAGUCUGGAUCUUCACCUCCCUCUACUGCACCAUGUGGUUCUUUCUGGUGGACACUAAAGAAACCAAAUACAGCAACGGGGUAAAGGUCACCUGCGACUACCGUGUCUCCAGGAAUCUGUACAUGCCCAUUUACUUCCUGGACUUCAGUCUGUUUUACGUGGUCCCUCUCAUUGUGGCCACAGUGCUGUACAGACUCAUCGCAAAGAUUCUGUUCAUGAGUCCUCUGCCGGCACAUCUAAACGACCGAGCAGAUGGAGGGUCGGUCCACCGGGGUCACUCCAACAGCACCAGCAAGGCCAGCAAGGGAGCGGUUUCUGCACGAAAACAGAUAACCAAGAUGCUGGCCGUGGUGGUCAUUCUCUUUGCCUUGUUGUGGAUGCCUUACCGAACGGUGGUGGUCGUCAACUGUUUCAUGAACCCGGCUUACGACAACACCUGGUUCCUCCUCUUCUGUCGCAUGUGCAUCUACACCAACAGCGCCAUCAACCCCAUCAUCUACAACCUCAUGUCUCAGAAGUUUCGUGUUGCCUUCAAGAAGCUCUGUAGGUGCAGCUGGCAGCAGAGAGAGGCCGAGUACAACGUGCCGACAUAUUACAGCGUGAUGAAGAAUUCGUCCCACGGAAGCAACGAACCAGUCACGGAUCAGGAGGAGCUCAUUGGUCAAACAACAAACAGGUUCAACAUGAAGGACAUUAAUAGUGCCGUGCUUCAUAUUCCUUAA